CUCGACAAGCUUCUUGAUUUUCUUGCUUACUUUCUUCCAGGAGGCCUGGGAAUUUCUACGUCGAUUUUCAAUAGACAUCUCGCCCAGUGUUGGACAAAUAGCACCUUGCCACAUGGUGCUGAAUAUGAGCAGCAUAGAGCCGACGGGACAGUGGAGAGCGAUAUUGUCACGUAUCACCGAGCUUGUUCAAUCGUAAUUGUCCCUGUAAGAUCACUGUGUUUUAGGAUAUCAAGGACACAACUCAGCACGACAAUAUGCUCGGCAUCGAAGGGCUAAACGACGCUUCCUUUCAAGGUGACACGCGAUGGGCGAGAACAGCGAAAUGGACAGGCUACGGCCCUUGGGUCGUCCUUGUCAUUGGGAUUCUCAGUAUGAUCGAAAUCGCGUUUGGCGCAGUAUGGAUCUCAUCGCUCAAGACCGAACUGAAUUUUGCCCAAGUCAUCCAGCCGUUGAUCGUGCCCGGGUUAUCCUUCUUCAACGCCAUCCCCUCGCUACACUUGCACGUUCUGGCGCGAGUCAACCCACCUCGCCUGGCGCUAUGGUUCUCGACCACAAUGUCGGUCCUCAUGUUCAUUAGCAGUAUUUUCUUCUUGGGGGCUUGUGUGGGGAACAACGGGCACGGCCCGGUGCAGAGGAACGAGUGUCCCUCUGGCACCGGUGGGAACCAGACUGUUUGGGACGUGAUGGUGGCUUUGCAGUUUGUCAGUGCGGUAUUGUAUGCUAUCAUGUCGGCGAUGGCGUGGAGAGUCAAGAGGGCGUUGGAGGCCAAGGAUGAGAGGAUUGCAGCAGGGCUGGAGAUGGUUAGUCAGGAAGAAAAGGAGAGGAGGGAGAGCGAGGCGAGGGAACGGUGGAGGCAUUUGCAGGCCGGUUGAGAGGGAUGGGAAGAGUCAAGAGCAGAUGAUCGCGCUUUGAUGCUGGAUCGAGGAACGUGAAGAGCUCAAGAGGAGGAGUCGAGGCAGGUUGGCCGUGUGCAGCACUUUUGAUGACUUUGACGACAAUAUUGGUCGUGGUAAGGGUAUGGAAUGUUUCUGUUUGAAUCCGAAGAUCAUAUCUUCAACCUUGUCGACAGCCUCACAGCUGCCCCGAAUGCCACAGGGGAGUUGAGUUUCAAGACUCACGCUGGGACGGUUAUCAGAGUGCUGUUGCGGUCUUCGCAAGAGGCAGCGUGGCUACCAAGGCUUCCUUAGAGGCUUUGAAAAAGCUUGCUGCUUUGACGAGGCAAACUUGGCAUAGACUCUUGUAAAAGCAGCGCGUUAUAGAAUGCUGAUCUCAUCG